CCUCUCUUUCAUCAUCUCCUCCUUUCCAGCCUCUGACGCAGAUUCCAGCAAACAGCCGGGUCCCACUCACCCAACCAAGUCAAACCACCGCGCUUUUUACAUUUUUAAACCCCGCCUGUAGCCCUACCUGCAGUCUUACCCGCUGCUGUUGUAAACAAUACCACCCCAGACACUCUAGUCUACCCAACCAAUCCACAAAACGGGUAGCCCUCGACUCACCUCGACCCGCCCGACUCGCUACUCUUUCUCCUUCUCCACCCAACCCUCUACGCGGUCGUCUACGCGUGCUUACUCAGCAACUCCACAAAGGUCCGCCACAACACUUUCAGUACGAUGGCCGCCGUCGCCCAAGCACCGUCUGCGAUCCCGCAACCAUCCAUAGACAGUGCCCCCCGUCCAUCGUCCGCCGCGUCGAAUCCACAGCAAAAGGAGACUGCACCUGCAUCCAGCGACAAUAAAGAGCCGGCUGCUGUCACCGUCAAGGAGCCCACCCCUGUUGACGAGCCCGCCGAGAAGGACGCUCCUGCCAAAGAGGACGACCCCCAGAGACCGCCCAUCCGACCACAAGGCGUCCGCUCCCGAUUCGACCAAGAACCCAACCCCUUCGAACAGUCCUUCUCCCACCCCGCGCCCGACGACAACACCCCCCCAAGAGGCACCGACGCCACAUCCACCCGCCACAACGCGCUGCCCCCGCUCUCAUCCCUCACCAGCCCCGCCGCGGCCGACCCCACCCAGUUCCCCUGGCUCGCCAACCAGUCCCUUCGCGCCGGCCCUCUGAGCCCUGCUAUGCUCACCGGCCCCCAGGGGCAGAACCAACCGAACACCCAGCGCCCUGCCGACGAGUCCAACCAGCCUUCCGAAGGCGCUUUCGAGCAGGGUUCGUUCCGUACCGGGUUCACGCCUGGUACAGGGACAGGCUUCACCCCGGGGUACAACUCAUUCAUCAACUCGUCCCUCAGCUCUCUCCCCAUCCCUUCGCCAAACACCGCCGCAUUCUUGAAUUCCAUCACCAACGUCACCCCUCUCGGGGAAGGUUCCGAAGUCGCCCAAGCCGCCCAAGCUGCUGCAGCUUCCACCACCAACCCCACGCACGACCACCCCCAUCCCCCGUCCGCCAUCCCGCCGCAUAUGCAACAACACGCUCCGCCCCAUCACCCCGCACACCACUCCACCCCUCCGAACCACCCCUCCCAGCCGCCGGGGGUGCAAGAGACUAUCACGCCGAAUACCCUCAACGCCCUGUCUGGCGUAUUCGGCGACAUGUCCCGCGCUCCACCCGGCGGACAUGGCCAACCGCCCCCGGGCUUCUUCCCCGCGCCAAUCCCGGGCCAGGGGCAUCCGGGCCAACCGGGUAUGCCGCCCUAUGUCGACUACGCACAGCACAACGCCAACGCAGCAUCCCAAGCCGCGAACGGUCUGUUCCUCCUCAGCCAAGCGCACCAAGAACUGUCAAAGCGGGAAGAAGCCGAGGGCUCCCACUCCCCCGUUGGCGCCAACAACAAUCGCCGGGGAGGCAGGGCGGUAUCGCAGACUGCGCCGGGGAGUAUUGCGGGGCAGAAGAGGAAGCCUGAGGCGGCGCCGGCGACAAACGGGAAUGGGAAUGGGAAGGCGAAGAAGGGGAAGAAGGGAGGGAAGGCGCAGGUUGUGGAGAAGGAGACGGCGAGUGAGGAUUCGGAUGAUGGGGGGAGUCAGGGACGGGGUGGGGAGGGGGCCAAGUUUGAGACGGAGGAGGAUAAGAGGAAGAACUUUUUAGAACGAAACAGACAAGCCGCGCUCAAAUGCCGUCAACGCAAAAAGGCCUGGCUCAACGAGCUCCAAUCCAAAGUCGAAACCCUCACCAUCGACAACGAGCGCCUGCAACAGACUGUGCAGCAGAUGCAUGAGGAGGUGGGGCGGCUGACGGCGAUAUUGAUGCAGCAUCGGGAUUGUGGGUUGGGGAUGCCGACGGGCUUUGGGGGACAUCCGGGGGGGCAUGGGCAUGUGGGGGGGAGGUUGCGUUAGAGCUUCUCUUCUUCUUUUGCCUUCUCUUUUUCUGUCCUCCUGUCGUCUGGUCUGUUAUACUCUCGCGUUCUGCAACACAACUAUAGUCUAUCCUCGUCCACCAAAAAGUCUGUAUCGCUUCUUUCCCCUCUCGUCUCCUCUUCUCGCUUCUUAUAUAUCUAUCCUCUCGACCGUUUUUGAGAUCUAAAACAAAGAGUGUGAUAAUGCCUGUAACUCCGUAGCUGUGGUCUUUCUUUUUUCUCUUCUCUUCUUUUCUUUUCUUUAGGUUGUGGUUGACUUUGAUCUUAUGCAUUCUCUAGAAUCCUUCUGA